UAAAGGCAGGACAGGAGUGGGGUCUGUUGAAAAACUUGAUAUCCUGAAACGGGAAGAAAAGCAAUUGCUCUUGCGAAUGGAUAUAUCGUUCCUUAUUGACCGUAAAUCUGACAUCAUGUAUGUGGCCAGGCCUCUGGACAUCUCUUCGCACAUCCCCAACCCUUGAGACCAGUGUGCUUCCACCAGGCAGAGGCUCUUCCCCCCCCCCUAGUCUCUCUUUCACCCCUCAUCCUCCACCAGCCCCAGAGCUACCUAUGUUAACCCUCUUGAGCAUGUUUUACUAUAUCUGUUUACGGCGACGCGCCAGGAGUGGGACUCGAGGUGAGGCGCUGACCAGUCGACGGGCCGUGGAAUCGGGCCAGCGAGCGGUGUUGCCGGUCAGUGUGGAGGUGGAGCAGUAUGCAAAGGAGGUUCUUGACUUCAGCUCUCACUAUGGCAGUGAGAAUAGCAUGUCCUACACCAUGUGGAACUUGGCAGGGGUACCCAACGUGUACCCCAGCUCAGGGGACUUCACCCAGACGGCUGUAUUCCGAGCAUAUGGGACAUGGUGGGAACAGUGUGCCAGUGCUCCACCACCUUUCCGACGCACCCCUAAAGGCUUCUACAGCCAGGAUUAUAUUGAGCUUGGCUUUGAGGAGCCUGUCUAUCCUACAGCAGUGGAGGUGCUUGAGACAUAUUACCCAGGAGCCAUCGUCAAGAUCCUGGCCUGCUCUCACAACCCCUUCUCCCAGAAUCCACCUACUGAUGUCAGGUGGGAGGUGCUCUGGUCGGGAGGGCCCACCAAGGUGCUGACAUCUCAGGCACGCCAGUUUUCCCCCAAAAUCAAACAUAUCAACUUCCCCACCAACUUGCUGCGUCUGGAGGUCAACAGUUCUCUGCUAGAUUACUACACGGAGCUGGAUGCUGUUAUUCUCCGCGGGGUAAAAGAGAGGCCCAUGCUGGCCCUGUAUAAGAUGCCUAUGAUCGACAUCAAUGACCUGAGUGACAGCGAGGAGGAGCUGUCUGACACGGGCGUUCCUUUCAGACACGGAGGUGACAUCAAGCACCAGAGGACAGGAAAUGGCUACUUUGACAAGCUGCCCUAUGAGCUCAUUCAGCUGAUACUGAGCCACCUGACCCUGCCAGACCUCUGCCGUCUGGCCCAGAGCUGUAAGCUGCUGCACCAGCACUGCUGUGACCCGCUGCAGUACACCCAACUGAGUCUUCAGCCCUAUUGGGCCCGGCUGAGUGACGCUUCCCUGGGACACCUGCAGAGCCGCUGCACCCUCCUCCAGAGGCUCAACCUGUCUUGGACUGGCAACCGCACCGCUCUCACCCUGACUGGCUUCAGCAGUUUCAUGAAGGCGUGUGGCAUGAGCUUGGUCUGUCUAGAGCUGUCGUGCUGCCAUUUUCUGAAUGAGGCCUGUUUGGAGGUCAUCUCUCAGACUUGUCCAGAGCUGCAAGGGCUCAACCUGUCAUCCUGUGACCGCCUGCACUCGCAGGCUUUCACUCACAUCUCUAAACUAACCCGCCUCCGCCGACUGGUGCUCUAUCGGACCAAAAUAGAGCAAACAUCUAUUCUGAGCAUCCUGACUUUCUGCAUAGAGCUGAGGCACCUCAACCUAGGGAGCUGUGUGAGGAUUGAGGACUGUGACGUUGUGACCAGCAUGCUGGCUGCCCGCUGCCGCUCUCUCUGCUCACUGGACCUGUGGCGUUGCAGAAACCUGACAGAUCGAGGCCUGGCCGAGCUCGUCUCUGGCUGCAGGAUGCUGGAGGAGUUAGACCUGGGAUGGUGUCCCACACUGCAGAGCAGCACUGGAUGUUUCCAGCAUCUCGCCCGCAGCCUCCCACGUUUGCGCAAACUCUUCCUCACCGCCAACCGCACUGUCUGCGACUCAGACAUAGAGGAGCUGGCCGCCAGCUGUCCCUCACUGCAGCAUCUCGACAUACUGGGUACACGGUUGGUGAGUGCCGCCUCGCUGAAGAAGCUACUCCAGGCGUGUCCUCGGCUUCUCCUCCUGGACGUCUCCUUCUGCUCCCAGAUAGACAUGCGCGUCGUCCAGGAGCUCUGUGGCCUCUUCCCUAACGUUGCCAUCAAGAAGAGUUUCACUCAGUGAUCCCCAGCAGAGGAAGUAAGAGCGGGGUGGUGCUCAUCAGCAAACACUGCCUCAGAGUGAGUCAGUUAUUGGAGGAAAACCGGCCUGCAUCUGUGUCACAGACGAGAUCUUUUAGUGGUCAGUAAACAAACCAGUUUGACUGGAAGAGGAGUUUUUUGGUCAACUGGCUGGAUGCUAACAACUACAGACUGCUAGUUAAAGGAUUACAAAAUGUGAGACUUUUUUGUUGUUAAUACUUUUGGACACUUGAAAUUAUCAGGAAAGAUUCUGCAUCUUCCAAAAAUAUGAAUCACCACUUACGUAUUGCCAAGAGAAAAGCUGUAAAAUAUGCCUUCCUACUGGAUGCGAGACACAAAAACAAUCUGACAAUGUGAGAACUCCUCCCAUGAACAUUGUGUGAGUGCAACAAAUUGGAGAAAAAAGUGUAAAACUCACACUUUAUGAAAACCGUGAAAAACAAAACCUGUGUUUGGUAGCCACAUACUAAUGUUCGCUGGUUACACAUUUAAAGAUCAGGGCCUUGAUCAGUGCCUUGUCAGAAUGUGCUGCAAACAAGCUAUUUUAAUGCACGAGGGUCACUCUGACGGCACCUGUCAACAUAAAGCCAUUUUGAUUUUGAUUUAAGAAUUCAUACUCGAUGCAGUUGUGCUCACAGAUAACAGGGGUGUUAAUGGCAGUGAACGCAGCCUUAUUUCACACACUACUGUGUGGAUUGUGCCAACUCAAACCUAGAUGCAGAUAUCGCUGGUUAUGUGUUGCUGCAAACUGACUGCUUAAUCUCACGCUCGAACAGAAACAUGCCUGAGAUACACCUUCAACAUGUUGUCAUCCAGAAACAUGUGAGAACUUGAAUAACUAAACUGGAACAAAAGUAGCUUGGAUUUGCACAUGCUACAAAUGCAGACAAAGGAAAAGCACAGAGGGCAUCAAAUCAACAGCAGACAGAGGGACUCUUUUCAAAUAAUAGUAGUAAGAAGUGACACUUGAACAACUUUACAGUGGUAUGAACAGAGAAGACCAGCCAAUUCUCUCCUGAAGCUGAAACCAUUGACUGUUUGACAUUUUGUUUUGCGUUUGUCAAUCACCUUAAGUUUGAAAUGAAUUUACUCUCAGUUGGCCAAUUGAUUAACUGACUUAUCUUUCAACCAAACAUGGCUGAUGUAUCUGAUUUGAUAAGUGUUUUUUUUUUCUUUGCAGAUGGAUAUAAUAAUUAUAUAUGAAUCCGAUCAUGUUUAUUGAGCUUUUUGGCAUGGUAGGUGAUUGAGGAUUAUUCCAGUAUUUUUAAACCAGGGCUCUAUUUUGCCAUCAAUUUGUGUCUUAAUGAUUAUUAGCGACCAUAAUGUCUGGAAUAUGUCCAAUAAUGAGCAUGAUCCUGAUAAUAGCUGCAAAACAUAUGCAAGGAAACCACGGCAGUAGUGUGCAUCAUAGUAUGUUCACCAAAAGUGCUUGUCUUGCCCCCAGGCUCAGAUUGUUAUUACAAGUGUCUGACAAUUUUGCGGAAAGGAUCCCUACAGAGAAAGACCUUGUUAAAGAGUUUAAAUGGCUUUUAUAGCGCUUUUUUCAAAACCACCAGACUCCAUAGAAAAGCUGUAAUUUAGUCGAACACAGAUUUUUUUCCCUAUAUGACUGGCAGUUGUGUCAUCCCGGUCGAACUGUGUUCGGUUAGGUUAACUGACUGUUUUGUUAGUCUGGUGUCUUUGAACUGGGCUUGUUACUGGUGAAAACAAAAAGGAUCUUGCUUUUCAACAGAAAGGUCGAUCUCUGUAUGGAUCUUUUCAAUAUAGUGUCAGAGAUUGUUGAAAAAACAAGCACUUUGAAUGGAUGCACUUUGAAACUUACAUACAACCAGAUGGAUUGUCCCAAUGAAUCAUUUAGAAACAAAAAUUGGCCCCGGUUAAAAAUACCAGGAUCAUCACGUAAUGAGAAAUGAAAGGCUUAACUGAAUUUGAGACAAGUUGGUUUAAAUUUGUACAUGAAACCUGUGUUGGGUUGACUUCUGUUUAAAUCUGCCCUUAAUUUAAAAUGAUGUGUUUCUUCAGUUUUUAUUGAGAAAACUUACUUUAUCCGGCUCAAGUAAAGCAAAAAUUCAGGUCAGGUUUUUUAGUCAGCCUGGCCAGUGUUAAUUGUAAUUGGUAAUUGAGUAUGCUUAAGCCAGACAAGUCAUUAAGUUUUUUGGGACUGGAUUUUAUUUUAAGGUAGCUGGAGGUCCUGGGUUUUUGGAAUGUUGAGAGUUUUGUCUCCAAAGCUCAAGUUUGAACAUCACCUGUUCCAAAGUUCUUUUGUGAUGUUGCAUGUUUUUCCUCUUGUUAUUCACAUUAAGCUGUUUGAUUAAAGCCACUUACUUUCUGUGCUCACCACCAGACUGAUGUAGGGGCUCUGUGAAUGAAGCUGAGUAGAGUCAAAGUGACACAGUGUAAAUGCCCACUGUGAUCUCAGUAUUUGUCCUGAAACUCAGGGGUUAUAUUUUAUCUGGUUUGAAUUUUUUCAAUAUAUAUUUUAUUCCAGAAACCAGCACAUCUUAAUAGUAACACAAGACUCACUCAACUUUAAAGUUACCUGCUGUAGGUGUUGAUCUUGACCAACAAACACUACACAAAUGAUAAUUAGCACUGAAGUGCACACAGGAAAGAUCACAGCUCAUUGGGUGUUAAAUGUUACAUUAAUUAUAUGAUUAUGAAAAACGUAUUCCUGUAAUCAAUUAUUUAAUUUUUGUAAUAUAUAAAGCUACAGUUGCAAUGUGGUUGAAGUGCUUGGAAGGCAUUUCUUUUAUUUUUUCUGGAAAAAAACAACUUGAAGUUUUAUUUAAACCACAUGGGUUUGGUCAGUAUUUGUGCCUUAUACUCCAGUUUGAAUGUGGUGUGGUGUCGAUUUGGUAUAGAUUGUAGUGAAUUGCUUUGCUUUUAUGCCCUUCAACCAAAGUAAUACAGAGAAAAAUGGUCAUUAGUAUCACUGCUGUAUUUGACCACUUUAUAUGCCAAAUGUUGUAUAACAGCCAUGUUAUUAAUAUGCAAAAUAAUAUUUAUUUAUAUUGAUCCCCGGUUGAUUAAAUGCUAUUUAAAAUCAUUACCCUUUUAUAAAAAACUGUUAUGUUCUAUUCGGGAAAUACAGAAUUUUUUUUUCUUACCCAAAGUCAAAUGAGAGGAAUGAUAUUUCACCUCAAUGCAUUCAGCAGGUCUGGCCUAGUUUAGCCCAGAGGAUGGGAGGACUUCUUUAGCCUAGCUAAGUAUAAAGAGCCCCUCAAUCCAACAUAAUGUCAUUAUGAUGACCCCAAAGUUAUCACCGAUGCACAAAUGUUUCUUUGUUGGCACAUUGAUUCUCCAUGCUGUCAUGUUGCCAAAAGUCAGGCUAAUCAUAUCAUUCAUUUAUGGCUGUAGUGACAAAAAGAAAAUAAAAAUAUAAGUGAACAGAA